UUUUCUGAUGAUGAUGCAGGCUGGAGCCCUGCACUUGUGGGUGACCUCCCAGAUCGGGGUGUGGUGUGGGCCGUGCCUACCCGUCGGGUUAGCCUGGAGCGCCGUUUGAUGCGUCGCAUCUCACACCCCUUCUUCCGCAUCAAGCCCAAGGACUACAUCAAGAGCUGUCAUGUCUGCGGCCACUUCCACUUGGCCCACACCAUUUGCGGCCACUGCUAUGACAAGGUGAAGCAGGAGACAGAGCAGCUGCGUGACACCAUAGCCAAGGAGCUCAAGCUGGAGCCAGUGGAAGAGGAAGUGGUCAUUGCCUACCAAGGAGAUGAGAAGCAGGGAGGGCGUGUGGUUGAAGUGGACCGCCCACGGCCAGCAUGGUUUAGCAAGAACUUGAUGAAGCAAUCUUCCUAGUUAUCAGAGUAGUGGUAGACUCCUUGUUGAAUAAAUAUGCCUGUGUGCUUGUU